AUGACGCUUAAGGCUCAAGCGAUUAAGCAACUGAAGCGUACGUAUGAUGAUCGGUUACGUGCGAUUGAUGCGUUUGUGCAGUUUAAGGAGGGUUACAAUGCGACAACGCAUUAUACUCAGUUAGCGAGUCAAUUGCAGGCGUUAGAAGAAGCUAAGCGAGAGUUUGAAAGUGUGAGGGACAAGGUAUUGCUGGAGCUGGACGAUUAUGAUGAACAAUUAAUUAACGAAGAACGAAACCAGUUUUACGAACAGUAUCACAGUGUAAAGGGUUUUCUCCGUAACAAACGAGGUGUAGAUGAAGGGGAACGUCCAUUUUCCAACAGUACGAUGGCGGUGUCAAUGAACUCGAGUGCGAGAGUAAGGCUACCUAAGAUUGAGUUACCAACGUUUGAUGGCGACAUAACUCAAUGGGUAACCUUUAAGGAUCGAUUUGUAUCGAUGGUGCAUGACGUGGCAGAAAUAUCGGUGAUGAAGCUGCAGUAUUUGCUAGCCUCGCUGAAGGGCGACGCAUUGGCAUCUUUCGAACACGUCCAGCUCGUCGCAGAAAAUUAUGAUACAACAUGGAAGGCGCUGCUGGAACGCUAUGAUGAUAGCAAGAUUCUUCGUCGGGAAUAUUUCAAGGCGCUGUACCGGCUGGAGCCCAUGACCGCUGCUUCCGCAGAGGAACUUACUCGAGUGGUAAACGAAUGUAAACGUUUAGUGAGAGGCAUGGAAAGGUUGAAGGAACCCAUUAAUCAGUGGGACACCCCGCUCACCAGCAUG